AUGUGGAGAGAUCCGGGAAUUUCAGCUGAUUCUUUCUAUGAAAUCCGCCCUGAAUGCACCGAUGUUCCGAUUUCUCGAUUUAAAAUCAAGGCUGGUAAAACACUAAGUGCAAGAAAAUGGCAUUCUGCAUUUACUUCAGAAGGAUAUCUAGAUAUAGGCAAGACUCUGCCCCGAAUCUACCUCAGUGCACCUGGGAACUCUAGCUUGCUGGAAAAACAUAAGGGAGUCCAUCCAUCAAUUAGGGGAGAAGUUUGGGAAUUUCUACUUGGUUGCUUUGAUCCCGUGAGUACAUUUGAGCAAAGAGAUGAGAUAAGACAUCGCCGAAGAAUUCAAUAUGCUACAUUGAAAGAAGAAUGCCGCCAAUUGUUUCCUCUCAUUGGAAGUGGUAGAUUUGUCACAGCACCUGUUGUUACUGAAGAUGGUCAACCAAUUCAAGAUCCAUUGGUUCUGAAAGAAACAAACUCAGCCAAGGGAUUGGAUGUACUUUAUCAAGCUAAUAAUAAUCAUAUAAGGAUGGUUGCUGCAAAUAGUUUAAGGCAGGUGACAGACAAGAUAGUAGUCCAGUGGAUGUUAACUCUCCAUCAAAUAGGUCUUGAUGUGGUUCGCACAGAUAGGACAUUAGUUUUUUAUGAGAAGCAAGAAAACUUGUCGAAACUAUGGGAUAUUCUUGCUGUUUAUGCUUGGAUAGAUAAAGACGUUGGCUAUGGUCAAGGAAUGUGUGACCUAUGCUCCCCUAUGAUAAUUCUUCUUGAUGAUGAAGCAGAUGCAUUUUGGUGCUUUGAGCGUUUGAUGCGCAGGCUUUUUCUUAUGAUCUGUGCUCUUGAAUUUGUAAAGCGCGGCAAUUUUAGAUGCACCGAGAACUCUGUUGGGGUAUCAUCUCAACUAAGUGAUUUGGCUUCAGUUACUCAAGUAAUUGAUCCAAAACUUCAUAAACAUUUAGAGCAUCUUGGUGGAGGUGACUAUCUGUUUGCUUUUAGAAUGCUAAUGGUUUUGUUUCGAAGAGAAUUCUCCUUUUGUGAUUCAUUGUACCUUUGGGAGAUGAUGUGGGCCCUGGAAUAUGAUCCUGACUUGUUCUUGGUGUAUGAAAUGCCUGAAUCAGUUGGGAGCUCAAAAGGGAAAACAAAGUCCAUAAGUCAAUGUGGAAAGUAUGAGAGAGAAAUUUUGAAGAGUAGAUCAAAGAAUGCUGCUCAAGCUCCUCUUCCUAUAUCUGUUUUCCUUGUUGCCAGUGUAUUGAAAGAUAAAAGUGCAAAACUACUCCAUGAAGCACGGGGCUUGGAUGAUGUUGUCAAGAUUUUGAAUGAACUAACUGGGAAUCUAGAUGCCAAAAAAGCUUGCAAUGGAGCUUUGAAACUUCACAAGAAAUAUAUGAAAAAGGCCAAGAAAUCCUAG